CCGGCCGCUCCACCUCUAGGGUUUCGCCAUCCCCUUUCCAUCUCCCCGCGCUCGAGCUCUCCUCCGCGGCGGAUCUCUCCCUCCUUGGUCUCCCUCGAAAUCCAUCACCAUGAUCAUCCCCAAGAAGAAUCGUCAUGAGAUCUGCAAGUAUCUAUUCCAAGAGGGGGUUUUGUACGCGAAGAAGGAUUACAACAUGGCGAAGCACCCUGAUGUCGAUGUGCCGAACCUCCAGGUGAUAAAGCUGAUGCAGAGCUUCAAGUCGAGGGAGUACGUGAGGGAGACGUUCGCCUGGCAGCACUACUACUGGUACCUCACCAACGACGGCAUCGAGUACCUCCGCACCUUCCUCAACCUCCCAUCCGAGAUCGUCCCUGCCACCCUCAAAAAGUCCGCCAAGCCUUCCCGCCCCUUCGGCGCCGGCCCUCCUGGCGACCGCCCCAGGGGGCCGCCUCGCUUCGAAGGCGACAGGCCGAGGUUUGGAGAUAGGGACGGCUACCGUGGAGGUCCUCGCGGUGCUUCAGGUGAUUUUGGUGGGGAUAAGAGUGGUGCUCCUGCAGAGUUCCAGCCAUCUUUUAGGGGUACUGGUGGUAGGCCUGGCUUUGGCCGCGGCGGUGGUGGAUUUGGGGCUGGUCCUGCAUCCUCAAUGGAGUAGUGUUUUUUUUUUAUUGCUUUUUGUGAUGUCACCAUCUCAUUACUUGCUUUUUAGCUCUCCAAGAAAUUUUGUAGUAGUGAAAAAUUCUGGCUUUGGAUGAAAUUUAUCGUGAAGAAUAAUUUGUUUUUGUAUUGCAUUUUGACUGCUUGGGGAACA